AGAAGAGAAGAUUUUUAAGUACGAGCUCGAAGAAAGAGAUGUUUGGCACUCUCGCCACCCACAUUUUACUGCUGCUCGUCGCGAUCAUCGCGAUCAAUCUCUACCUAAGCUCGCUUCCGGCUUGGUUCUUCGUGACCCAAGUUAGCACUCGCUCCAUCGCCGCCUUGCUCCACAAUCUCACGCUCCACCCCCACGUCGCGGGGACGCCGCAGGGAUUUGCUACUGCCAAGUUCGUCGAGGAGAGAUUCCGCGAGUUUGGGCUCUCCACGCGCACGGUCGACUACGAGGUACUCGUCUCGUAUCCAUUGAAGCGAUCGUUGUCCGUGGUCUACCCAAGAAACUCGUCACUCAGCUUGGCUCUUGACGAAGAGACCGUGGAUGGCGAUGGCGAUUCCUCUGGAGUCAUUCCAACUUUCUUCGCUUACUCGCCGUCUGGGGAAGCUCUUGCCGAGGUGGUGUACGCAAACUACGGCCAAAAAUCCGAUUUUGACGAGCUCAAGAGCCUGGGAGUGGAGGUGAGAGGGAGCGUGGUGAUCGCCAGGCUUGGCAAGAGCUUUCGAGGGGAUAUCGUGUUUAACGCGCAGGAGGAAGGCGCGGUGGCCGUGGUUUUGUAUCCGGAUCCUCGAGACUACGCCACGAACGCUACCACUGAAGGCUACUAUCCAUUCUCGCGAUGGUUGCCUCCAAGUGGAGUCCAGAGAGGCUCCGUGAUCCAGGACCCCGGGGAUCCUCUCACGCCGGGGUGGCCGAGUAGCAAGCUUUCCGAGAGACUGGACGCUUCCAACUUGACAAGGCUGGGAGUUCCAGCGAUCCCGGCGCUGCCAAUCUCCGCUCGCGACGCUCUUCCAAUCAUCGAGGCGCUGGGAGGCCCUGUUGCUCCUGAUUCCCCACUGCGCGUUUUUGGAAUUAUAGAAGGCUCUGAGAAAGAUAGAUAUGUGCUUCUUGGGAAUCACCGAGACGCUUGGACGUAUGGAGCCGGCGAUCCAAACAGCGGAACUGCCUGCCUUUUGGAGAUAGCUCGCAUCUUUGGACAGUUUCUGAGAAGACCAGCGAGAACAAUCGUAUUUUGCAGCUGGGAUGCCGAAGAGUACAGCCUGACUGGUUCUACAGAGUGGGUCGAGGACAAUUUGGCCAUGCUUAAGGCUCGAGCGGUGGCUUAUUUAAACGUGGAUGAAGCAGUAACAGGCAGUUCUUUCUCAGCGUCUGCUACGCCUCAGCUUGACAACCUUUUAGUCGAAGUCACCAAAAUGGUGAAAGAUCCAGACUCAAAUGGAACCAUAUUUGACUCGUGGUGUGGAAAUCAAACGAUUGUGUCGGGAGGCUGGGCAGUGGUGGCUCCGACUACGCUCCAUUCUUGCAGCACGCAGGAAUUCCCUCCACCAGCAUGACGUACAAAGAAAAAAACUCAGAUUUUUCCGUGUAUCAUUCACUCUAUGACAAUUACAACUGGAUGAAAAACUUUGGAGA